AUGUGUCAAUGCAAGACGCCGCAAUCCAGUGGAAGGCACUCAAGGCGCUUGCAUCGUGCAGGCAACAUACGCAGCAACCUCAUGAGUGGCACCCGGGCUUGUUGGCGGAGGAAGUGGCAGUCGAUGUCAGUAGCAAAUGUAAACUCGGACGGGCAAGGCCGCGAGGCCAAAAGUGCGACGGCGGAGAAACGACAGCACAGGAAAGCACCUCCGACUCCAGGCCGCUGCCCAGGCCGCUGCCGCUGCCACUCUGUACUGCCCGCAGAUGUGCAGGAUGUGCAGGGGCGGGCCGAAGACGUCGGGUUGGUCCAGGGCACAUAG